UGAGGCGCCUCGCGCCCUACGCUUGAUGGGAUUGGGCGCUCGCGGGUGAGGUCAUCACGAGGCGCCGAGGAGGGGAGCGGGAAACGCAGGGACUGAAACUAAAUAAUGAAUGAAUCUCUGAGGUAAGACCCAAGGGUCUGCAUUUUCAACCAGUUCCCCAGAUGAUGAUUAGUGUGACACAGGUUCUGAAAUUCCAGCAUACAUCAGGAUCACCUGGAGGAUUUACCGGACACACUGCUGACCCACACCCAGAGCUUCAGAUUCAAGUCUUCUGGACCGUUAUGGCAGUCAGGUGGACUGGUGGACAUUCCUCUCCGGUGCUCUGCCUGAAUGCAAGUAAAGAAGGGCUGGUGGCGUCUGGAGCAGAAGGCGGAGAUCUCACGGCUUGGGGUGACGAUGGGACUCCAUUAGGACAUACACGGUUCCCAGGGGCUGAUGAUGUUACCAGUGUCUUAUUUUCUCCUUCCUGCCCCACCAAGCUCUAUGCCUCACACGGAGAAAUAAUCAGCAUACUGGAUGUCAGGUCCCUCAAAGGUUGCCUGGACCACUUUCAUGUGAAUGAAGAAGAAAUCAAUUGUCUUUCAUUAAAUGAAACUGAAAACCUGCUGGCUUCUGCUGACGACUCUGGGGCCAUCAAAAUCCUAGACUUGGAAAACAAGAAAGUCAGCAGAUCCCUGAAGAGACAUUCCAAUAUCUGCUCCUCUGUAGCUUUUCGACCGCAGAGGCCUCUGAGCCUGGUGUCCUGUGGACUGGAUAUGCAGGUGAUGCUGUGGAAUCUUCAGAAAGCACGGCCACUCUGGAUUACAAACUUACAGGAGGAUAGAACAGAAGAAGUUGAAGGCCCACAGUCAACUGGUCAGCUCUUUAACCCUGCUCUAGCCCACUCUGUCUCUGUGGCAUCGUGUGGCAAUGUUUUUAGUUGUGGUGCAGAAGAUGGUAAGGUCCGAAUCUUUAGGGUGAUGGGAGUCAAGUGUGAACAGGAACUGGGAUUUAAGGGCCACACAUUGGGGGUAUCCCAGGUCUGUUUCCUGCCAGAAUCCUAUUUGCUGCUUACUGGAGGGAAUGAUGGGAAGAUCAGGCUGUGGGAUGUGAGUAGUGAAGUUGACAGAAAACAGAAGAGCCCUAUGAAACACGCCCACAGGAAGAAAACUAAAAGAGCAACUUACACCAAGCAGGGCAAAAAUGCUAGUGCUUCAGGAACAGAAGAGGAAGACUCUGGCAAAAUUUCACCAAAGCUAAAUAUUGAACAUGGAGAAAAAGUGAACUGGCUUUUGGGAACAAAAAUAAAGGGACAUCAAAAUAUAGUAGUAGCUGAUCAAACUAGUUGUAUAUCUGUAUACCCCUUAAAUGAAUUUUAAAUCCAAUAAAAACAAGCUAACAGCUGGUAAAACUUUUUUUAGGUUAAAAAUUUCCAGAUUCUGGGGCAGACAUUUGGUACAGUGAUUAAGACGUUGCUUUGGAUGCCUGCAGCCCACAUCAGAGUGCUGGGUUUAAGUCCUGGCUACUUGCUUCCUGUCCUGCUCCCUGCUAAUGUACGCCCUGGGAGGCAUCAAAUGAUGGCUCAAGUACUUGGGUCCCUGCCACCCUUGUGAGAAACCUGGGUGGAGUUUUGGCUCCUGGCUUCAGCCUGGCCUAGCCCUGGCUGAUGCAGGCAAUUAAGAAGUUAACCAAUGGAUGAAAGAGCGUUCUCUCUCGCUCUCUCUGUCAAAUAAAUAAUUCUUUUAAAUUCUGAAUUCUGGGAUGGGCAUUGUGGCACAUUGAAAGCUACUGCUUGCAAUGCCAGCAUCCCAUAUCCGAAUGCCUGUUUGAAGCAAUAGCUGCUCUAUUUCAGUCGGGCUCCCUGCUGAUGUUCCUAGGAAGGCAGCAGAAGAUGGCCUUGGGUCCCUACCAUGUGGGAGACCCAGAUGGAGUUCCAUUCUCACUUUGACCUGGCCCAGCCCCAGCUGUUGUCACCAUUUGGGGAUGAACCAGUGGAUAAGAUGUCUCUCUCUCUCUCUCUCUCUCUCUCUUUGCUUCUGGUCUGUCUCUCUCUCACUCUGCCUUUCAAAUAAAUAAGUAUUUUUUAAAAA